CUUUUUUAAGCAAAUUUUUGGAUAAUUUUAAACAAAUAAUGAAUCAAAUUCUUGAACACAGACAAAUACUUGAAAAAGAAGCUGGAGACAAAGCUGAAGAGGAAAGAGGAAGAAGAGGAAGGAGAGGAAGAAGAGGAAGGAGAGGAAGAAGAGGGAAGGAAGAGGAGGAAGAACAAGUAAAAGAAGAACAAAAAGAAGAAAAAGAAGAAAGAAAAGGACAUAAAGAGGAAGAAAAGACUCAAGAGACUAUAACUAAAGAGCAAUCUAAAAGAAAGAAAAGAGAGAAGAAGAAAUUAACCCCAGAAGAAAGGAGGAAGAUCAGGUUGUUGAAAGCUAAAGAAAAGGCAAUCAAGGAAUUCUUUGAUAAAAACGAUAGAGAUUUACAAAAGUUUGACUUUGUUGUUAAAGACAAGGAUGAAUGCAUCUAUAAGGAGAAUUCUUUGCAAUACUUCCCCGCAAGUAUUAUUGAACAGACCACUGAAAUAGGAACGAUCUAUAAUGAUCUUAGAAUAUAUUCAGAGAGUAUCUUAGAGCCAGAUCUCAAAAUUCCUGAGGGUUCAUAUUUCAAUGAGCUUAAAGAUUUUAGUUAUCCUCUAAAGCCUGAAAAUGCAAGAGAGACGCAAGCAGAUGAAUCAAACGAACAUAGGGGGCCGAAACUAAUGUUUUGUAUCACUAUGUAUCAAGAAGAAUGGAGUCAGAUACUUCAAACUCUUGCUGGAUGUAUUAGAAACAUCUGAGAGCUUCAUGACAAGGCAAUAUCUAAUGGAAAUCCCCAAUACCAUGCAGAUGGAAUGGGAAUUGUUCUCAUUUGAGAUGGAAUUGACAAACUACCUGCCCCAUUUGUCGACAAAAUGAUUGAAUAUGAGUUAUUUGACCCUGCUCUAUGUUGUCACACUGUUUGUAAAAGAGAUAUCAAGAAGCAUGUAAAGAAAAAGUUUGAAAAGAAAAGUGCCCAAAUCACAACUCCAGAAGAGAUAAAAUAAAAGGGAGAAUAUCAAAAAGGCAAAAGAUAUCCAAAAUUUUCGCUGUGAAAACUACAAAUACGCAACCAAAAACGUUGGACAUAUCUUCUCUACUAAGCUCGAUGAGAAUAGAAUUAAGGAAAUGUUCAGUGAAAGAGAAGAUCCUAAUAUUUAUUUUGGGAAGAAAGAUAGUGGCAGGAUGUCUCCAUAUCUUGUGAACCUCCAUAAAGAGUCACCUUUACGAAACCCUUACAAUUGGAUCAUAAAAAAAGGUAAGAAGAGUUACAAAAUCCCAGAUAUAAAAUUCUUCUUCUGUGCUAAACACGAAAAUUCUGGAAAAAUAGAGAGUCAUUUGUGGUUUUUCAAAGGAUUCUGCGCGCCGACUAAUCCUCAGUACUGACAGAUGCUUGAUGCAGGAACAAUUCCUCUGAACAACAGUAUCUCCAAGAUUAUCUUAUACAUGGAUGAGUUCACAGAUACUGGAGGGGCAUGUGGAGAAAUAGAAACUUUCCAGCCAAGCGAGAGGGAGUUAGGCUACGGCUGGAACAAAAUUGAUGAUCCAGAAAUAAUAGAUAUUCUCCAAGAAGAAACAGAUGAAGGGCUGAACAAGAAGGUAAAGAAAGGUAUUAUCCAAAAAAUUGAUGAUGACACAUGGUUAGAGAAGACUCAACGAUCUAUAUUUUCUAAGUUUGAAGCAAAAUGUUUGGUAUUCGCACAAUAUGUGGAAUAUAAAAUCUCCCAUUACCUUGACAAGUCCUUUGAAUCUGUGUUUGGAUUUGUUUCUGUACUUCCAGGGGCAUUCUGAACCUUUCGUUGGAAAGCAAUCAAUGGGGAUCCCCUGAGAUCAUUCUUUAAAGGACUUGAAAAAGAUAAGCAUACUGCAAAGGAAGCUAAUAUGUAUCUUGCUGAAGAUAGAGUGAUGUGCUUGGAAAUCCUCAGAAAAUACAGUGAGUCAUGGGUUCUCCGUUAUGUACCAGGAUGAAUUGCUCUUACAGAUCCUCCAGAUAGUGUGAUAGGCCUUAUUAAGCAAAGACGUCGCUGGACUAAUGGGAGUCUUUUUGCUUCAUGGUACGUUUUAGAUCAUAUCACAAUGAUAAGAAGGUCUGGGCAUUCUUGAUGUAGAAAGAUGUCACUAUUUGGGUUAUACUUAUACAUGAUGUUAAACUUUAUUUUCUCUAUUCUUCUAGUUGGAUCCCUGUAUGCUUCAUUCACAAUAUUCAUCCAAGCAUUCUUCAAAGAGGAGGACUGUAGCCAGUUUACCUUCAUCAAAGGAUUCACAUAUAGCUAUCUCUGUCUUUUAUUUAUUUUCGUGCUACUAGCUCUCACUAAGCCUAUAUCAAGAUCAGGGAAAAUAUACACUAUAUAUGUCAUAAUCUUUGGAAUAUUCAUAUUCCUCUCAAUUGGAGUUGGGUUCAGCUAUUUCUGGGAGAAGAGCACUAAUAUAUACGUUGCUGGGUUACUCUUAGUGACCUUAUUGGGGUCAUACAUCCUUCCUCCUUUGUUGAACUGGAAUAGAAUGAAAUUAUGGAAAUAUUGCUUAGGAGUAUUAAUCUUGAUAUUCUUGUCUCCGACUUACAUCAACAUCAUAAUUAUCUACUCAAUGGCCAACCUUCAUGAUGUGAGUUGGGGUAAUAGAGAGACUGAUGAGAAAAAUGCAGAAGAGACUAGGAAGAGCCUUGAACAGUUCAGAUCUCUCUACCUCAUAGUUUGGGGAGCCCUUAACGUUGCUUACGGAUAUGGAAUGGUCUAUCUGAACAAGAAUCGUGAAACAGUGUACAUUCUUAUCCUCACAAUCAUUAUUUGAGGAAAUGUGUUAAUGAAGCUAGUGAUUGCGUUUAUCUACUUUUUCCGUGAGAAGAAAGAUAGCUGUAUAUUAUGGUGGAAGCACAAGUCGAGAAAGGGUCAAUAUAAGACAAGAGAUAUAAGUACUGUAGAGGAGACAAAGGCGAAAAUUGAUCCACCUGUAGAUAAGAGUUCCUCUAUGAAUUAUUUCGGGCAUGAUGAUGAAGAGGACUUUUAG